UCUCUAAAAUUGGAGCUAAUCAAAACCCAAAUCACAGUGACAGACCAAAGACCACGCCAUCUCCGAUUUUCUCUGAUAAAAGUCAAGACCAGAGGGACACAGAAAACAAGUGCCAUGUCACCUAUGCUCCUUUUCUUCUCAAAGCUAAAUUCCAAACCCAAUCUUCUCCAUUUCCUUGCCUAGCCCCACUCCGCUGUAUAUAAAUACACCCACACGCAGUUAUUAACUUGUUAUAUAUUAACCCGUGUUUGUUUGUUCGGAGCGGUUGACCUAAUAUUCUUCUCCCGUACACGAUUCACCGUAACACACGCGUAGUCGGAGAGAAAGUGAAGACGAAAGUGGUGAAGGGAGGGGUAAAAUGGGAAAUUCAUUUGGGUGCUCGGCCUCCGGCGAGAGGUUAGUAUCGGCGGCCAGAGAUGGCGAUGUAGUGGAGGCGAAGAUGCUUCUCGAUUGUAAUCCUUGUCUCGCCAAGUAUUCCACUUUCGGUGGCCUCAAUUCCCCUCUCCAUUUCGCCGCUGCCAAAGGCCACAACGAGAUUGUUUUUCUGUUACUUGAAAAUGGAGCUGAUGUUAAUUCCAGGAAUUAUUGUGGGCAGACAGCGUUAAUGCAAGCAUGUCGAUAUGGGCACUGGGAAGUUGUAUUGACUCUUUUGCUCUUCAGAUGCAAUGUUACCAGAGCGGACUACCUUAGUGGCAGAACAUCACUUCAUUUUGCAGCCGUAAAUGGACAUGUAAGAUGUAUAAGGCUUCUUGUGGCUGAUUUUGUUCCAAGUGCUCCAAAUGAAUCCAUAUGUUCUCAGAUAGACAGCGAACAGCUUGAUGAUGCCAAUGUAAAGAACAAGACUUGUCAAAGUGCGCUGUCCAAGUUUGUUAAUAAGGCAGCAGAUGGUGGUUUCACUGCUCUUCAUAUGGCUGCGUUGAAUGGGUAUUUUGACUGUGUUCAGCUCUUACUUGACCUUCAUGCAAAUGUGUCUGCUGUAACAUUUCAUUAUGGAACAUCCAUGGAUUUGAUAGGAGCUGGAAGCACCCCAUUGCAUUAUGCUGCCUGCGGGGGGAAUUUAAAAAGUUGUCAGGUUCUCCUUGCAAGAGGUGCUAGCAGGAGAACUUUGAAUUGCAAUGGGUGGCUUCCUGUUGAUGUAGCCAGGAUGUGGGGGCGCCACGGGCUUGAACCUGUUCUAGCACCCACUUCUGAUUCUAUAAUACCAGCAUUUCCAUCUAAUUACCUUUCAUUGCCUCUCAUGAGUGUAUUGAACAUAGCAAGAGAGUGUGGAUUUAAGUCUGUGGCGACCUCCUCUGAUGAUUCUGAUCUUUGCGCUAUCUGUCUUGAAAGAACAUGUUCUGUAGCUGCUGAAGGAUGUGCGCACGAGCUCUGUGUUAGAUGUGCACUGUAUAUUUGCUCAACAAGCAACAUUCCUUCUGAAAUUACUGGCCCCCCUGGGUCCAUUCCAUGCCCCCUUUGUAGACAUGGAAUUGUCUCUUUCAUCAAAUUGCCAGGCUCCCCAGUAAAGGAAAAUAAGCAACAAAUGACCCUUGGUCUAUGCACCCCAUGCAUACUUCAUCCUCGUGAUUUAGAGCACCAAUCUCCAGCUUCUACACCAGAUAUCCGAAAGAACCGUGUAGUUUCAGUUUCAUCAGAAAUAUUCUGCCCAGUUACCUGUAGCCCGUUUCCUUCUGUCACCAUUCCUUUGUGCACAUGCAAUGAUGGUCCAUGUCCAUCAUUUGAACCUCGAGAGACAGAAACUGAGGGUGUGUCACCUAAUCGUUCACAAGCAACAUCAGUUGAGCGGGAUAAAAUGGAAGGACCGAGAUUUGAAAGAACAACCUGUUCAAGCAUGUUUUGGGGCAGAAGAAGCUGCAGCAGGGAGCAUCAAUGCAAUUCAGAAAUAAACGCUUGAAUGGUUUGGGAGGGGCAACGGGUGGGAAUGGUUCCCACUUGGGUCCUUGUGGAAAAGAAUUUUUGGCUACCACCAUUGCAGCCCUAGGUAUCGUGUCUAAUUAAAUUUCUUGUGUCUUAAAACUGUGGGUUAUACAAAUCCAUGUUUGCUUGCAGUUUUUGUCCCGCUGGCUACAUUGGUCCAUUGGGGGGGCUCUCACAGCAUAUUGGCUAUCGUUUUAGAUUGCUCUUAUGAUUUUGGAGAGGAGUGUAUAAAAAGAAAAAGUGUUUGCAAGUCUAGUACUAUUGUAAUUGAAUACAAAGAAACAGAAUUAUUCACCUUCUUUAAUUAAAUCUACCAUGGCCGGCUUUGGUUUGCUGAUGAAACUAAAACAGAGUUUAUGCUUUUGUAUAUUUCUCGACACAGCCCUCAAUCGCAAGGAGAUUCUCUCGUACCUAUUUUGUAUUGUUAUUUUUUUUUCUUUUUAUAAAUGAAACACAUUAUUAUUACUUA